AUGUUCCGUCGGAUCCGCAACCGCCUUUUGCGCCGCCCAGUUAUCGAGCCGGAGCCACCUUUGCUUGAUGAUGAAGAACCUGCAUGGGCGUUUAUCAGAAACAUGAUUCGUCAACGCGUUAUAAUCAUUGCCAUGCGUCUGGGCUGCGACAUGAACAAUGUUCCCAACCUCGUUGCUGCUAUGCAGAUCGCGGACAUAUUCUUCGACAUUGUUCGCCUUAGGGCAAACCAGCUGGGAUAUGAAAGACCUCUUUGGGUACCUAUUUAG